AUGGACGACGAUUUUCCCUCCGUAAUAAACAAACGAAUAAUUUCCGUUAUUGUCAAAGAAACUGGCUUUCAGGCAAUACAACCCGCCGCUCUCGAAGCGUUGGAGGAUCUUUUCGGCUCCUAUUUACAGAAACUUUUAUAUAAUACACACUCAUACGCCACCCUUGCCAACCACUCCAAACCUAAUUAUCACGAUAUCACUCGAGCGCUGGAAGAAUUAGGAGUACAAAACAGCGACUUCCAAGCAUACCUUGACAAAUAUUUAGCCGCACCAUCACUCGACGCAAGCAGGAAACCUAUCAAAACAGAGAAAUCGCAGAUAUCGACCGUAGAGAAGAUACCAGAAUUCUUACCUUCAGACGAUGAUGAAGAGGAUUCCGCUGACGAAAAGGAAGGCAUUCCUUCUUAUGUACCACAGCAUUUCCCACGAUUCCCUAGCAGACAUUCCUUCAGACAAACUCCUGUUUAUAUACAACGACCUGAUGAUCCGCAAAAAGUGCGAGAGCUCAACUCUCAACAAUCACGCACCGUCGAAGAAAACCUCAAACGACUCAUGGCCGCGGAAAAUAAGAUCGCUUUCAAGUCUAGCACAGAAUCUGUAGAUUCACCAAGCUUGAUGAUGCCUAUCGUGAACUAUGAAGUCGCCAUGCAACGAAGGAAACGAGUGAAACAAGUGGAUUUCGCAAGUUACAGUCGCAAAACAUCAGAAUCACCUAUUGCUACAAAUGAUAUGAAAGAACAGGCGAAACGCCAAAAAGUAUAA